UCACUGGGCCAGGGGAGGGUACACGCUAAUCGUGCAGUAUGGCGGACGAUGGAGACAGCUCGGCCGCUCCGCUCGACACAAGCGGCGGUCGGGACACGGCGGAGGAGUCCGGCGGCGGCGAGGGGCUCGGUCUCGGCGGGAUGCCUCUGAACAUCGUCGUGUUGCUGGCAGUGCUGGCGGCGUGCGUGGCGCUCUACCGCCGCUGGGCCAGGCGGCUCGGCGCAGACGGCGCGGCCCGGGGCGACGAGGCCUCGGCGCUACCCAAAAUGAGGCGGGGAGACUUGACGCUAGAGCAGCUGCGCGAGUACGACGGGCUGCGGAACCCCCGCAUUCUCAUGGCCGUCAACAUGAAGGUGUUCGACGUGACCAGCGGCAAAAAAUUCUACGGGAAAGAGGGUCCGUACGGGAUCUUCGCGGGUCGCGACGCCUCCCGGGGCCUGGCCACCUUCUGCCUGGAGAAGGGCGCCCUGAGGGACGAGUACGACGACCUGUCCGACCUCACCGCCGUCCAGAUGGAAAGCGUCCGGGAGUGGGAGAUGCAGUUCAUGGAGAAGUACGACUACGUGGGGCGGUUGCUGAAGCCCGGCGACGAGCCGUCCGAGUACACGGACGAGGAGGACAUCAAGGAGCACCCCAAACACGACUGACUGCUUCCUUGCUCCCUCACUUCCUCAUUUCCUUCCUUGCCUCCCUCCUUCCUUCCUUCCUUCCACUUUUCGACCCCUGACCGAUCACCGCCAUCUUGGGCCAUCCGCUCUCUUCCUUUUCACCUCUUCUUCUGGACGGGCUUCAGGAAAACUUCUUUUGACUGUCUCGCUCACAUUCGUACGCGUUUGUGACGGCCUGCCAAUCGAGCCAUCUGUCAAUCAAUUAUGUCACCCCCCCUAGGGCACAAGUGUGGCUGUACCAAAGGUGUGAGAUAGGGCGGCGCUCUCUCUCUCCUCUUGCUGAUGAUGUCUGUCUAGUAUUGCAGGGAGAGCCAGUGAGUUGGGGGUGGGGGUGUGGGGGGGGGGGGUCGUAUGGUGGGAUUGGAAUCUGGGAAGGAGGAGUUGGAGGCGCUGAAAGGAUACUUGAUUGGCAUCCCAAAUCAAUCAGUUUACAAGCCGGCUCCAAGUCUGUAGGCCCCCGCACCCCCAAAACACCUGUCGUGGUCCCCUUUCAAAAAACGGAAUGGUCCAAGUAUUAGUCGUGCCUUAUUUGCUUUGUUGUCCCUUGUGGAGAAGCCCCCCCCCCCAAAAAAAAUAAACGAUAAAAAGGCACAUGCUGAUUAGUCCAGUUUACCGACUUGUAAAUAGCUAACGCUUAGGACUCCAGUCAGUCAGUGUUACUGCCAUGUUGACGUAGUCCACAUUUUCUUUUUCUUUCUUUCUUUCUUUCAACACAAUCACCCCAACCCCACAGUUGCUGCCCCCAGCCCAACCCCCCCACCCUUUCCACUUUGAGUGUGUGUGUGUUAGACUGGGGGAAUGUUGCAGACAGUGUACAUACUAAACAAUAUCCACGGUUUUCUUCAAGCAUGACACAACCGCGAGUUUGGCCCCUUUGCCACCGUGUUACGUAUUUAAUGUCAGUUGAGUGCGCGUGUGGAAGUUUGUGUGUGUGUGUGUGUGGGGGUGGGGGCGGGUGUUUGCGCGCCGGGCAGGAAGGGAUUUGUUCAUGCAAAAUAAAUUGUUUGGUUAAUAAUUGA